UUGUUUGUUUUUUUGGUUGAUUAAGAAAAUUUGGUCGACCAGUUCAGAAUUCAAAUAAAUAUCAUAACCAUAAAAAAUUAAUAACAAUCUAAAGCAAGCUAGUAAGGCCUAGAAGGAUCCUCAUAACAUCUUAGGUCAUCUCCUCUGCAAGUGAUUUUAUACUAAUGAGCUGAAAAUGUAUCGUUUYAAUAGAAUGUCGCUAUCGUUGGCUGAUGGAAUAGCAGAGCAGCUGAAAUGUUCGGUGUGUUUAGAGGAGUAUAGAAAACCUAAACUGCUUCGGUGCUAUCACUCUUACUGUCAAGACUGCAUAAAACAGCUCUUGAAAAGAAGUGAAGGMACGAACGUUGUGAAAUGUCCACAAUGUCGGACUACAAUGGAGGUUCCAGAUGGGAAUGUAGAGGCCUUGGAGUCAAAUUUCUUCAUUAACAACAUCUUAGACAUCAUGGAGAAAAACCGACGGAAAAAGACGUACUUGGAAAGAUCUAUCGUUUGUAUUGCGUGCGAAUUGAGGGGUGAAAACGAUUCGGCUACAAAGUGUGAGACCUGUGACAUGCCUUUGUGCUUUUCAUGUCUUCAAAAACACAACCACAAAGACGCUCUUCCCCAGACCGUACCAUAUGGUACGAGUUCUGCCUCAAAAGUUUGCAUCGAGCAUGCCGAAGAGAAGACCAUUUAUUGUCGAGACUGCAAAGAAAUCUUCUGCAAGGAAUGCAUCUUGCAGUAUCACAGCAAGGAUGACUGCAUUGAAGUAAAGAAAGCCUUGAAGACGCACAGAAGAGUUAUCGACUGGCUUCUGGUUCGAUGUAAGGUUAAAAUGUUAAACUUUACAGAAGAAAUGAAAAAAGUUCAAGUGAUGGAAGAUAUGGUGGCGAAAAGUGCUCAUGACACCAAGCUGUCCAUUGAUGAACACUUCCAAAAACUUGCCAAAGCUCUGGAGAAGAAAAGAAUUGAAUUGAAGGCUGGUGUCGACAGUCUGAAGAAUGAAAAAAUGAAGCAAAUUGUAUUCCAGAAAGAAAAUUUAUCAACGACAACAUCCAGUCUUGCCACAGCCAUCGAUUUUACCGAACAAACGAUGGAAGAAGGCAACGAAAAAGAACUGUUGUUGAUGAAGACUAAAAUCUGCGACCGACUCGAGGAGCUCAGUGAGAUUAAAGUAGAAAAGUGUUCAGAAGUUUGGUGGCACUUCUAUCUUCAUUCUGUUGACGUGAGUGAGUUUUUGAGCGAGUUUAGGGUUCAGAGUGAUACUGUUAGAGCCACUGUGUCCUUAGCAGGAGGCGAGGAAGGAGUUCUUUAUAAUACCUUUGUGAACCAGUGCCAUGGCUUCGUUAUCACGCUCAAAGAUAAAGAUGGAAUUCAGGUUAGGAUUGGUGGGCAGGAUGUGCGAGUCUCGAUUCGAGUUCCAUCACACAACGAUGAUAAUCCACCAACAUCGUCGUUUGAACACGAGUACGAUGAAGCAACAAGUCAAAGCGGUCAAUAUGAAGACAUCAAGGUCCAAGAUAACAAUGAUGGCACGCACUCUUUCAAAUACAAACCAAAACGACAGGGUGAUUAUUACUUACAAGUGACUGUCAAUGCCAAACCACUGUCCGGUAAUCUGAUGUGGAAGGUGCAAGGUCCUCUCGGGAUUGGCGAAAAGGCCAAAGAGUUGGGUUGCGCUCAGAUCCAAGCACCGUACGGAAUGGCCCCAUCUUGGCAUCACAGUGUAGUCGGAGGCAAAUACUCGUGGAAGAUCAAAAGAGUAUCGUAUAACGAGUACGCGGUGGUGAGAGUAGGGGUAAUGAUGGAUUUCACCAGCGACAAGUGGGGAUGGUGUAACGGCAGACGUGAGGAGCCCGAUCCCUCUCCCUACUCCUUGCCCGAACAUCCCCCCAGCAACAUCCCCACGUGGGAAGAAGGAGAAGUGCUGGUGUUUUACAGCAACGAAGAGACUGGAAAGUUUAUCAUCUACAAAGAGACGACCAAACAAUCCGAUGUGUUCCAGAGAUGCCCGGGUACUGUUGCUCGACCCUAUUUGUACCCAGCUUCGUAUCAAUCUUUCUCCAUGGACAAGAAAUUUGAGAGGAAACUCAUCAAAAUGGAAGAAAACAAAAAAACUGAAGAAUUAUCAAACUAACUCAAA